AUGGUCAAAUCCGAACUGAAAACCGAACCUUCUUCCCCCCACUCGGGCGACCAGUGCUCUAAUGCCUCUGGGACAGCUCCCGGUGGCUCCGCGACACCUACUAUCCCCUCCGCACCUCCUACAGUGGUAGGUGGCUCUGCCAAAGAUCCUGGCCGACCUCGGCGCAAGAAAGCUCGUCGGGCUUGCUUUGCGUGUCAGAGAGCCCAUCUCACGUGUGGUGAUGAACGCCCUUGCCAAAGAUGUAUCAAACGUGGCCUUCAAGACGCCUGUCAUGAUGGCGUACGUAAGAAGGCCAAAUAUCUUCAUGAUGCCCCAGUUGACGAUGGCCCUCCCGAAUUUGCGGUCCCACCCCCAUCCUCUACUGCUUCUUCUUAUGCAUAUCAACCCGCACCUCCGCCACCCUCUCAGCCGACCGGGGAUAUGCUGCCACCGGAUGGAACCAUAAAUCCAAACUCGAUUGAAUCACCGGGUAAUGUAUUGCAAGAUUCACCAACACAACAACAGAACUUUUCUGGUGCCCCGCUGUUUGACCCAUCAGAUCCGGCGCUCUUCAACUUUGAUAUCGCGAGCCUGAAUUUUGGGAGUCAAUACGGUGCGUUGGAGUUUGGAGUGCUUGGGCAGAUGGGUGGGCAAGCAGCUCAAGAUGGACCAGAGGGUACAAGUGGGGGAAGUAACUACGGAUAUUCCCCAGUAAUGCCAACAGCGGGUGAAAGUUACACUGGAUAUGCAGCACCCCAGGGAGAAACUCCUCAAGGAUACGGAAAUGACAAUUGGGCGGGGAAUACUAGAAACAACCCCGCGGGAAAUCACAGCAACAUUGGUGGCGGGUUUGCGGGAACUUACAUGAUUGAGGCGGGACCGGGCAGCCUGACAAGCCCUAGCCCGCCAGUGGAGAGUCCUAGGCAAGGUUACGUCCAAAAUACAUCACAAGGCGGGGGAUAUCCAGAUACCCCCACCACAGGGCCAAUGGGUAGUCCAGGCUUUUACCAACACAGCAACCAUCGCACUACAGCGCAUCCGCAGCACUCAUCUCUUCAACAAGUCCAAUCGGCUUCUCAACCGCUUCAGCAAAUUCAAAGACGAAGACGCCUCCCCGACGAUCCUUCGCAGAUAUAUUCAACCAUAACCGCGCCAUAUCCCUACACCCUUCACUACCACCGUUUAUUCCAUAUGCUCGAGUCCAGGUUCCCAAAACCGUUGUUGUUGCGAAUAGCGCGAGCAAUGGCAAGUUUCAGGCCAUCAUUUAUAGCAUGUACACAGACGUUAAAGGCGGAAGAUCUGUUGUUUAUGGAGAAAUGCUUCCAGCGCACCCUAUGGGAAUACGAACGGUUCAUACAAUCUUGCGGUACACCAACACUUGUUUGUCGGCGUACAGGUUGGGAAAAGCCUAUUUUGCUCGGGGAGAGACCCAACUUAAAUACAAAUGUUCCUACACACACCAGUGUACCAAACCUGCCGCCCCCUCCGUUAGAGGAGCCAGGACUUGGAGGGCAGAAGAAGCCUGUGUUCCUUGCGGAAUUACUCGACGAUGAAUCGGUAGUCGAAUUUUAUGAACAAUUCGCGCGAUUAGCAUUCGGCGACAGUAGGGGUGCUGUUAUGACGACUUGCAAAGUGCUCAAGUAUCGACCCCCACGGCCGCAAAAACAACCAAACGGCUCUGGGGCAAAAGCUGAGAACGGGGAUUCUGAUGGAGAUGCGGUGGGCAAUCGAGGGCCGAAGGGUAUGGAUGGACUUGGUGCAAAGGAUGGAAAGGUUGAGUGUGCAUUUUGCUGGACCAUCAAGAGAGACGUAUUUGAUAUCCCGAUGCUGAUCGUGGGGAAUUUUUUGCCGAUUUUACACGGUCAGCAAGUUUGA